AUGCGCCAAGAGGGGCGGAGUAGAGUGGACAGGGCGGAUUCCCCCUCCGCCGUGGAUAGCACACCCUGCCAAGAUUCCUGGCUUGCUACACCUGGCGGGUCCGGCGAUCGCGUUCGCCCGCGAUCCCGCAAGCCAGGACGCCUGGAGGGGAAGAGCGCAAGCCGGCAACUGCAGAGCAGCACCGGGAAGAGAAAGGAGCGAGGCAAGAUGCCUGCCAAAGCCGGUGUGGAGGAGGAAGAGGACGAUGCUGACGACAACGGCGCCGUUCGAAGGCUUCACAGCGUGGAGAAGGCUGAUACGCUGUUGAUGCCAGUCCUGGAGCUUAUCCCCGAUUUUCCAUUGGAAAAUGCUACAUCAGCGGAGGCGACAUACACUAGCAACGUAGUACCAGGGACUCCGCGAGAGGAGAGAGGUGCGAUUGCGAGCAUCGGCAGCUUCUCUGUGGGGGAAACUUUUCGAGAGUUGAGUACAGUGGGCAGUGAUAAUGGUUUCACGUUGCUUCAGAUGGAACUGGCACAGGAGAAACGAAAGAACAUUUUUGUGGAGCAGCGUCUAUUGUCGUUAGAUAAAGAAAUCAAGGAACUCCGGGCGGAGAAUGCGCGGCUGGUGUCAGCUGCUGCAGGGAAUGCUGUCGCCACAACGGUGGUUGGUCCCCAGAAGUCGCUAACGGGAGGAGACACUGUGCCGAACGCUGGAGGCGGCAGUGGCUUGACACACGUGGAGCAGAUGGUGAGGGAGCUGCAGGACGAGCUGGAUGUGAUGAAGGAGUACACGAAGGAGUUGGAGGCGCGACUGGCGGAUAGGUCCAACGCCUUAGAGCGACGCUGCCGAGAGGUGGAGCAAAAGGAGAGCCGCAUCCGUCAGUUAGAACGUACCAUGGCAGAUGAGCUGAUUCGCCGCUCUAACCAGGAGCUCACGGAGGAGAGUGCAGGGCGUAUCACAUCUGCACCUAUCACCGCCGCCGCCGCUGCUGCUACUGAUGGCGGAAAUCCCCAUUCCCGCAACCCCGACCACAAAGACGGCCAUCACGGCGGCGUUGGGGUCCCACAUGAGGGACCUGCAAAGGUGAGGCGCGAAAGAUUGAUAGGCAGUGUGGCGGCGGUGCCCUCUACGGUUCGUCGUACCACCGUUCUCGCGCGUUUACGUCCAGGUCAGGAGCACCGUGUUGGGGGCGGCGCCCCGGAGCCGUUGGCGCUGAAGGGUCCUGCGCCAUCUCUCGAGCGCACAUUAUCCUCUGAUCACCCUGCGGCGCAGGAAAAACCGCGGCAAAGGGCCUCCUCUCUGUCGCAGAAAAAACCGCAUACAAGUGGUGGACAUGCCGUGAUGCAAGCCAGCAGCGCGCAUGAUCACGACCGUAGCGAAGCUGCCCACGAUGAGGGCCAACCCCAGCAACCUUGUGCAAGGUUGGCCUCCGUGCCCAACAAACCACGAAGUGCCUCUUUACUUGGUCGCCGCAGCGUGACGCCGACCGUCUUACAUUCGUUGAAAACACGUCACAGAGAGAGAACGGGAGUGCCGGCGUCAACACCUGCGCAUUCGCUGAGACACUCACGAAGGGAGUCGCUUUCCAAAUCGGCCAACACUGAACGGAGGUCCUUGUUGAAGCGGAACAGCACAAGCCCCAUUCCACACGUACACCAUGCGGGUGGUCCGCCGCACACGCACGCGGCGCCGCGGCCUGGCACCACCCGACCGCCACCGGUUGAGACCUCCAUCGUGUCAACGUCAGGCAUGAGCACAAAUGCAUCAGCGCUGCAUCAUAUGGAGACGCGCUCCGUCGCGUCAACUGCGCGUUCUCGGCCACGCAUCAGCCACAAUGACGGCGGCAACACAGUCAUCCAAACGAACACCACAACGGUUGUGACACGCAGCGUGAAACGACGGGACUCCCCAGUGCUGGUGCCGCAGCCACGCCUGGAUCUCGUGGAGUCUUUUCCGUCUGAUCAGAACUUUGUUUCUGAGAAGUUUUCCACAACGACGUACCGACCAAACCGGCUGGUACGAUACCACAAUGAUGACUCAAACGCGCGCUCGUUGAGUCCUCGCUCAACGUGA